UUGUUUGGUUAGACCAGCAAGGAGGAGAGACUGAAAAGCAACGGCAGACGGGAAAGAAGAAGAACCAGCGAGACAUAAUAGGGAGUAAGGCAUCAGGAGGAGGAAGGCAUUCAGGCGCUGCAUGUGUUGUUUCGAACUGUGAAGUAGGAGGAGAAGCGCAGCAGGCGGGAGGAGGAGGAAGGGGUACUUCCUCUUUAGUCUGAGUAAAGCUGCUGAGGUAUCCCAGCAGCCCCAGCCCGUGGCGACAGGAAACCUUCGUAUAAAAAGCUGCAUCGCGGGGGGAACCCUCCUGAGUACCUCUUAGACACAGCAUGACCAGGACCAAGAGCCUGAGAGUGUGGACCUAACAAAACAAUGCCCAGCAUAAAAGCCAAACCACCCAGCACUCAUCACUUCAUCAUGGACCGAGAUGACAGGAACAGAAACAACACGCUUGGAAAGAACUUUAUGUGUCGACUCCAGUGCAUGUUCUCACAGACGCCUCAAUGCUCAGAGAGCGGGCUAAGUUUAGAAGACACCCAACAAUGGUCACAGUCUCUGGAAAGGCUUCUUGAAUCUAAAUAUGGACUGGCCACCUUUCGUAACUUCCUCAAAUCAGAAUAUAGUGAUGAAAAUAUUGAAUUUUGGCUCACUUGUGAGGACUACAAGAAGAUCAAGUCUUCAUUCAAAUUGUCCUCGAGAGCUAAGAAGAUUUAUGAGCAGUUCAUCAAAGCAGAAUCACCCAAAGAGAUCAACAUUGACUAUCACACUCGAGAGCAGAUCAAAAGAAACGUCAAGACUCCCACCAUGCACUGCUUUGACGAAGCUCAGAAGAUAGUUUACGGGCUGAUGGAAAGAGACUCGUACCCGCGGUUCCUCCGCUCGGACAUUUAUAGAACACUCCUGGAAAGCCUCGCUGCUGACGCCACGACGGGAUGAAAGCACGGUCAGGAGGAGAGAGGAAGGAAGGAGAAGAAAACCCAUAACUGGAAUCUUUGAGACUCCUUCAGGAGGAGGAACUGACAACGAAAAGGAAGGAGGGUCAUCCAGUGUGGCACAAGGACACAAUCAGCGGCCCGCGUACAUCGGCGAUUCCACUCCUGUUCAACACUAAUAAAGGAGCGGACCCCCACAUUUAGCACCACACACCUGAAGACUUUUUCUGAAGCAAAUUUUCCCAACAAUGACCCCGUAGACCCCGUUGUCACAGGAUGAAGACUGUGCAGGACACCAUGAACGCCUUUCACAGUGAACGAAUUAGCAAGGCGACGGACUUCUGCAAAGCCGCAGCAUAUGCAAAGAAUGCACUAGAUGCCUUCUGGCCUUCUUUGGAGAGGUGUUUCCUGUGCAGAUACAAGAUAAAAGAUACAACAGUCACAACUGCUCAACUCCCACUCUCUCACUUGUGUGUGUUAGAGAGGGGGAAAAGAGACACAAAGUGAAAUAAAAAAAAGUUGAAUUUUAUGAUGGCACUUAAAUACCAUUUACUCAGAAUAAGCUGCAGCCAAAGAGCUGGUCAAUUACAAAUCAGAGCACUAAGAGAGACAGAAAGUCCAUCGCAGGCUGAGGAUUUAAUAAUGAUCUGUCCUUUUUUAGUGAGAACUAUUUUAAAGCAUCUUUAUUUCUUUAAUCUAAAUUGGGUUAGAAAUGCGUGUAUAUUUUUUAUUCAAAGGUGGCCCACAGAUAAGUUUUUAUUUCCUUUUUUCCCCUUUCCUUUUAACUUCUUUGGCAUUGAUUAUUGUCAGACUACCUUUUGCGAGUAUUGUCGUUAAACUGAUAUGUACAAAGAAAACGAAAUCAUUCACAUUUUCUAAACUUCUUUGUGGAAUCUUGACAAAUAGUUGCACUAUUGAAACCAAGAACUUCCCAUUUUGAGAACGCCUACGUCAAAUUGAAUUCGUCACUUGGUCAAUGGCUUGCCAAAACUCAAACCGACAUCUUACAGCACUGAAGCGUAAUGAGUUUUGCAUUUGAUAAUAAUAGAAUUAGGACUACUAUUACACAGCUUGAAAAUGUGGUUAAACCUAUAUAUCCUGGGACUGGGCCUUAUUACUGAUUGUCAAAGCAUGAAUAAGAGUGAAUAAAUGCUUAUUAGGAGUUUGAUAGUUAAAUUAACUUAAAAUUUAAACAUUGUAUUAUUUAUUGCUUACUGUUCUGUCACAACUUGAGUGCAAAGUUUGUUGUAGAGUUGAAGUGCUUCUUUAACUGCUGGUGGAUUUAAAUGAUAUUAAAUUAUUUGAACCGCUUCAAAAAAAUAGAAGACUUUAUUUUCCUCUAUCACAUGGAUUUAAUCUCAUCAUCCAGUACUAAAUAUGUUCAAAGAAGACGACACACUUUUGGAAAAAGGCUGAUCUGAAAAGAUUGCAUUAUAAGCUGAAGUGAUGUUGGCACAUAACAGUCUGUGGUAUUGCAUAACACAAUAAUACGUCAUAGAAGCUUAAAAAAAAUAGUCAGCAGUUUUUUUGAGUGUGUGGUAAAUGCGUCUUUAAUUUAAAUAUUUGAUUCCUUUUUAUGUUAAGUUUUAAAAAUUGUUUAUGUUGGAAAUCAUGAAAAUGAUCAUCAGAAAUUGAAAGCAGUAGUGGUAGUUUAAAAAGCUUUCAAAUGAGCACAGAUGUUACAGUUUUUUUUUUCUUAUUAAAAAUAAUGACAAAGAACAUUAACUUUUUGAUUAAUCCAACAUUGUUAGUGUCCCCCUACUGCUUUGUGGUUUGAAGUCAGUGAAAAGCAUUAUUGACACACAAGCAGCAUGUGGGUUUGACAAACCGGAAGUCUUGGACUUCCAGUUUCUUGAGAAAUCAAGAGGUGAGAGAAAUGAGAUUUUCUCCAUUUUAUUUUGUGACAUCCUUUUGUCUGCAGGUCCAAAUGUGUCCAAAUGCAACAAAGAUUUGACCUUGGGUAAACAAACUAUUGCAAAUUCAGCAAACUUUGUUAUUCAGCUUGUAGUAGAAACAACUAAUUUUACUAUAAUAAGAACAUUUCGAGUGUUCCAAGAAUUUUCACUAUUUAGUUUCACAGAUUUGUAUGCAACUUUUAAAGUAAUACAUAAUUGUACGAAUUGCGAAGAAAACCAUAAAUGAUAAGACAAUGUUUAAAAAAAACUACAAUUUGUUCAGUUUUGCCCCAGGUAGUCAUGAGCUUCUUCAAUUUGCCCUCUGUUCUUCGCUGUUAUAGCUGGGACUUGAUCACUCAGCAGGUGAUCAACUCUCUGCUGAUGUUUGCAGCAACACUCAUCAAUGGAGAACCUCGAGGUUCUGGUUCUGAUGGACUCAAACCCAGAUACUUAAUUUUGUCUCGUAGAAAUUCAUUGCUUGCCCAAACAUAGCAAUAUAGACUAAGAUCAGUUAAUUAUUCCUCUAUACUUAUAAACAUAAUUAUAUACUGACACUUUUUUUUAAAAAUGUGCAACCUUUUUAAUUUAGCUAAUGCAGCAAAUGCUUUAUUUAUUUAUUUCUCUAAGCCCAAAGGAAAAAUAAAACUCACAUCACGAUCUAAUAUUAUGCAGUUCUGGUGUUUCAUACUGCCGGCUCAAAACCGCAGCCCCAUCAUCAUUGCUAAAUCAUUCAUGCUAAAAUAACUCAUAAUUGCUCCUCCAUAUUGAACAGCUCUCUGAUAGCAGACAGCAUGUCCACAGUCCACAGCUAAACUCUAAUGUUGUUUGGAGUCUUCAGUGAUGUAAAUCACGAGCCAAUCAAUGAAUCCAGCCAGCUGUCUAUCAAAUCACUUUGGCGCCAUACCUGGGGCGGCCCUGCUAGUACUAACUCUGCAGCACCAUGAAGACCAAGAAACAUGGCAGACGGGUUUGUUACCAAGGACAGUUAGGUUGGAAAACAAUGUUUUGCAGCUUUAAACAUCUCAGAGGGCAGCAAACAGUAGAAGGUCCUCUGGUCAGAUGAUUUUGGCCUUCAUAAAUUAUGCAUCACUCCACAAUUAUAUGCUAUUUUGUCAUGUCGUAUCACAUAAAGUAUAAUAAGUAAUAAAAUACAUUAAAUACAUUAAAGUGACAAAAUGUAAGAAGGUUCAAAGGUUGUGAAUCAUUUGUAGCGCACAGUAACCGCCUCUGAAGUUUCCAUAAAGAUAUGAUCAUCUCUACAAACUGAUAAUAUGCCCAGAUGACAUUGAAGCACAACAGAAAAGGUGAAGAUGAUGUAUAUGAAGUUAGUGCAGAGGGUAAAAAUGAGAUGAAACUGAUGAAGGAGAAAAGGAAGACACUGAGCCUACAUUCGAUCUGGACCAACUAAUCUGUUUAUUCUCUAUGUGCAGAGACCUUAGAUGCUCAUGCUGUAAAGAAAUAACAUAUUUUUAUUAAAACUCUGUGUGUUAUGAAGCCAGAUAGGCCAGGGUUUGGAGAUGUAAUCAACCUGUUAUCAGUAUGCAAUGAAAUAUGAUGCAAAUCCACAUAAUAUAGAAAUACAGUGAAACUGCAUUAGAUAAGUCUAAAUGUCACUAUGCAUUUUUUAGAUAUAUCAAAAUGCAAAGAUGAUGCAACAAUCCAAUCUAUUUUCCAAAACAUUUUACAGAACAGCAAAAAUAAGUUUGUACGGUGAAUGGUAAAACCUAUCUGCCUGUUUGUCUAUAGGGAUGCAGAACAUUCAUGUAAUAACAUGGAUAUCAGAUAAAGGCCUCAAGCACAUUAAAACAAAACAAGAGCUCUGACUUACUGUAUUCUGUGUAUUUUUACUGAAAACAAGUUUGUUUUUCAUUCAGUGAAGUUACUCACGGUGGUGAGAGCAUCCAGGAUUUUUACUUCAGUAAGAGUACUGAUAUUUGCACGAGUAAAAGUUAAGGUACAGUGUAGUAAAACUAGUUCAAAAAGUAUUUUUUCUUCAAAAGGUUUCUCAAGAAAAUCAUUAAAUAUAACUAGUUACUUCCCACCUAUGCAGACAACAUGUGAAUGCCUUGGCAGCAUAGAGUGUGUGCAAAAAUAAAGCUGUGAAAAAUGUAUUUCUACUCAGAAUGAAGGAUGAUUUUAGUUUAAAAUAUAUAUCUUAAAAACAGUGAAGCUCUGGGUGACAUUUUCCUUCUGGCAGUCACUGAAAACUUCUCAAUGAGGCAAUGAUGGCACAGAAAGCUCACAAAAUAAGGUACAUUUGAUGAGAUCUUGCAUCCUGCGUGUAAACCUGAUGCUGGAAGUUCAAGAAAUACAAAAUAUACCAGCAAAAGCGCAUGUAAAAGUUUCUAAAUCCACCACUGGCUCACAGAAUGAAAAACAAGACAGUGAAGCUUUUUAUUAUUCUGAAGAGACUGCUGUGAAAGAAUCCUAACAUUGCAAUAUUGGAAAUAGUGAUGAGACAUUACCCACUUGACUUCUUUUUUUUUUUUUUUUACUGAAAGAUAAAUUGCAGGAGGUAAUCAUCCUGGUGCUGCCGACUCCCUCAAAACCUGUUUGACUCUGCAGCAGUAUGCUUUAUGGGUUGUGAAUUAUUAAACUGA